AUGGCGUACUAUGGUCAACCUCCACCUCACCAACAGCACGAUCAAAAUUUCUUGUGGAACGUUUUCCAAAGGUAUUGCUGAAGUCCUCAUUUGUUGAAGCAGAAUAACUGAUAUGUUAGUUGACCAUUAAUGUGGGUCUUUUAGGGUGGAUAAAGAUCGGAGUGGAGCGAUAUCUACAAACGAACUUCAACAGGCCUUGUCAAAUGGUACGAUCAUGUGGAUAUAAACACUCUAAAUUCGAGAUUUCUUACUUUAAGAAAGAAAUUUAAAACAAAUCAUAGAAUAACUGCCUGUUUAAAUUCCAGAAAAAAGAGUUGUUCUCCUAUGAUAUAUGUUUUUUCGUAAAAAAAGAAAACUUUUUCCAAAUUGAGAGAUUCGCAGCAAUCUCGAACUUAGAGUGUAAGCUAGAUGACUUUCCAAUCUUUGCGUUUUAUGUCACUUUUUUAAACAUAGCGGUCUCAUUGCUCCUCCGUCUUGUUUAUCAACAGGAACAUGGACACCUUUUAAUCCGGAAACUGUGCGACUGAUGAUCGGUUUGUGUUUGAACUUUCUGUUUUGGCACCUGCUCACAGCGGCUGAUGCAGAAAUGCCCCGCUUUCCGCAUCACAAGUCAUUUUUAAGCUUAUACGUUAUGAGUAAAAAGAAAACAGUAAAUCUGCAGUAAAAAGCUCCAGCUUUUUUCAAAUGCUGUAAUUUUGAGGCUAGCUGUUUGAUUGCUUGUACAGUCAAGACAUUACACCAGUUUUGUGUCAAAGCAAAAAAAAACAAAACAAUGAUAAAAUAAAUAGUAAUAAUAAUAAUAAUAAUAAUAAUAAUAAUAAUCAAGCAUACUGUGCCAUGCCGAUGGCUCAGUCAGCUUUAGGCAUUUCCACUCUCCCAUGGGUAUUUGAUAUCCCCAGUGAGGCUAGACCGUGAACGGUCAUCUCUGUUUCCUCAGAGCAUUGCAUGGCAAGCGAAAAACAAAAAUAUUCAGCACAAAUAAUUAUAAAUGGUAAAAAGGAGGAGAGAUUGGGGCAGAGAGGGGGAAAAGGAUGACCAUUCGACCAUGGAAGUUUUAUUGUGUUUUGAAUUUCUGUUUCGGUGAAAUGAAAGUUUCCUGAUUGGUCAGCUGCUUGUCAAUCUGUCCAAAAAAAAUAUCAGUCUCUUGGGAGUCCAGUUUUUGCUGUACUGCCUCUAGCUGGCAAACAAACAUGGGUCAAGAACGGCACUCCAGUUUACAAAUUCUUUUUGUUAAACGCCUCAUUUUGCACAAAAUUAUUCAUUGAAGAAUGUUUUUGUUCCAGACUUCUUUAGAGUUCCCUGAUAGAGAUGUGUUAAUUUUACAAUGGACUGCAACACCUGUUGAAAUGUAACCUUUGUUCUGAUCUGUGGUCGUUCACAGUCAAUGUCUAAAUGUUGUUUUCCAGGAAUGUUUGAUAGAGACAAUAAUGGAACUAUUACGUUUAAUGAGUUUUCAUCCCUUUGGAAGUACAUAACAGAUUGGCAGAACACUUUUAGAAGUUAUGACAAAGAUAAUUCAGGAACCAUUGACAAGAGAGAGCUACAAACAGGUGUUAACCAGUUCUAUUGAACUUAACCAUAAUAAUAUUAUUAGGGAUUGUUACCUCAGUUAGCUUUCCUUCCUACCGUCAAUAUAUUCAGUACUAGAUAAAGGUACCUCACAAACCCCUGUGAAACAAGGGUUGUUUACCAUUUACCAAAAGCUUUCUUGAAAAUCUGUUUAGAAAGCAAAAGGAACAUGGCCUUUUGGGUCAUUCCAGUGGAAAAUUUACCCAGGGCAAGAGGGUAAGUGCAUUUCUGAAAAGGUAGUCCUGUUUGUGCAGACAGAAUAUAUCCAAAUGGAAACCGUAAUCCAUUUCUUCAAAGCCAUCUUUGGUACCAGAAAUAAAGAUAAGUGGCAAAAAACAUGACUCUUUGCAUACUUCCGUUAGGAUUAAAAGCUCAAAAUCAAUAAAUAUUUGUUUAGUCAGUUUGUAACAGAACCAGUUGAUCCCAUUAGCUUAAGAUUAGUUAAUGGGGUUUGUGACACCAAACUUUUCUAAAUAUCUUCCACUCUGCAUAGCAGUCGUGUCUUACUGCAUAACAAAUAAUAACAGGAAUAACAAAAACUGCAGAAAGUUGCGAACUGAUACUACAACUGUGAUUAUUUCUGACAAUCUUUUUGAAGACAAAUUUUUUAAUACUCAUCACUAUGUUAGUCAGAGUGAAUGUGAUUCAACAUUUCUUGCCUUGUUAAUCUGAAACAUUAUUCUUUUCCUUUUGUAGCUUUGACAAGUUUUGGUAAGUAAAAUGUGAUGCUUGGAAAUUAUAUUGUCCACUAAUGUUCACCAAAGUGUAAACUUUGAUAUCAGAGUACAUAUUCUACCCACUAUUCUCCCCAUGGUACUGAUGAGGAGAGUUUGUUUAACAAUCAGGACCUUUUUCCAUUGUUGAUCAUGUCCUUUUUCUCAUGACCCUUGUGUGCUACCAGAAGGAGAAAUGAAUGUUGGUCACUCUUGAUGGUUUCUUAAAAGGGCUUAACUAUCAAAUUUUGGUAUUGGCUGACAUUUGCUGGUCUGUCAAUGAUGAGGGGCACAUUUGGGUUUAUGGUAUUGCGGUUUUAAGGUUUUUUCAAGUGAUAUUUCAGUAAUUUAUAUCUUAAUGUGUGUUAGUGCGGUAUCAUCUAGCUCUGUGGUAUGCUGUUUUUAAUCCUUUUGGCUGACGUUAUUCAGCAAAAGAAGAUCCUUCAUGGUAUACCGUUCAUUUGUGCUCUCCUGUUUAUUUCACUAUUUGCCGAUUUAUAUUUUUUAUUUAUUGUUAGUUAACUACUUGCUGAUGGUCUGCUGACAGUUUUUGGGGGCAUCUGUUCUGUGCAAUUACCUCUUUCUCAGGGAUAUAGCCAUUUUUUUCAGAUUUUGAUUGACUUCUUGAAUCCAGUCUUGUGGUACAAAGUGGUAUUAAUUCAUUGCUGCAAAACUUUGCAUAUUUGCAGGUUAUAGAUUGUCAGAGAGAUUCUAUGGUAUUCUGAUAAGAAAGUUUGACAGAAGUGGACGUGGAGUAGUCAAUUUUGAUGACUUCAUUCAGUGCUGUGUUGUGAUCCAGGUUAGUGUGGCAGUGUAGGCUCAUUCUGAUCCUCUGACUUGUGGAAAUUUUGCAAGUUUACUUCACACUAAAGCAUUUUAACCCCAUUUUCCACUUAAAAAUAAAAUAUAUGAAAAUAAGUAUAAAAUAUAGUUGAUUUCCUUGUUGACAUUUUUUUAUAGUUGACAAUAGGCGCUAUGCAGCUUGUCAGUCACGUUGUACAAAACUGUCAUGCUAGAGAGCAAGAGAUGCGCUGGUACAAGACUAACAAGGAAAAUAGGCCUUUUGCAUUAUGUAAACACGAAAAAAGCUCACCUUUGAAAAAUUUUGUUAGCAGGAUUACUGAAAGAGCACAUUAAAAUUAGGUAACCUGUAGAUUUUCAACUGUAUAUCUCAAAAGUAGCUAUCUCCAUGGCCACCGUAUUUGCCCAUUGAAAUUGUGAAAAUAUAACCUCACAAAACACUGUCUCGCCAAAAUCAUGAAAUUAAGUACUAAUAAGGUAUUUUAUCACUUGGGUUCAUACUAGACAACAAAUCUGUCUUAGAAUUUUCCAAAGUCCAAUAAUUUAUGUGCAAUUUUUUAAUUAGGAGUGGCAAACUCAAAGGAGCUAAGUCAUUCUUAAGUCUCUUUCAAACACAACUUAAUGCUUACUUAGGUAACAUGUUAAGUCAAUAAUUGGCACAGCCUGCCAAAAAAAAACUAGAAAUUUUUUUGGGUCAAGAACUUGUGUUUUGGCGAUAGAAAAGAGAGCAAUAUUUUGUGCUUGGAGGACCACAUCAAAUUCAAUUUUUCACUGUAUUCCACCGGACUCUUCACGUCUGACUUUGACGAAUCCUUAUCCCCAACGGGGAAGUGACAAAUAGGAGGUUUUCACUCUCCUGUGCCAAGUCUCCAAUCAUUCUUUUACAGAGAAACAUGAGGUUUUGCAAUUUUACCUUUGCAAAUUAGGCAAAAACACCACUGCAGCAAUUAUAGUGAUCUUAAGUCCUCUCGAUCUCAUUUUUUUCUAGGUUUCUGUUAGGAACUGUCUUGAGGCAAACCAAAGAAAAAAGUCUUUAGCACUUAUCGUAACAAAAUCUGACAGUUUGGUGUGAAAAGAAUAUUUUCCCUCUCAAUGAUUAAGCAUAAUUUGAGUGACUUAGGUUGACUUGAGCUUAGUCUGCUUAAGACCUACUUAGUGUCUAGGGGGAACUCAAGUAUUGUUUUCUUUAAAUGGAAAAGACUAGCAGUGUAUCCCAUUUACUACCCAGAUUUGAAAUUAAUGCAAUUUUAUUGAAAUCGUGUUUCUUUUGCUUCCUUUUCUAGAUGUUGACAAAUGCUUUCCAAGGCUUUGACACAAAUCGGAAUGGAUGGAUAACCAUCAACUAUGAGCAGUUUUUGUCUUUAGUGUUUAGUCUUAAAACUUAGUCAAGAACAAUA